AUGGCAAGUGUAGUUGCUUUGACCAUGAUACUUCUCGUGUUUGGCAACAUGACAUAUUUCCUUGGGGCAUCCUACCAGCAAGCCAGCAAGUAUCAUGCGUUCAAAAUUCUCAUGAUCGAUCACGACGGCGGUAUGGUUUGGCAGGCAAUGCUAGAAGCGUAUGCUCUCCUAGAACAACCCACAUUUCCAACAUUCGAAACGAAGAAUGUCGUCGAAUACAGUACUUCCGAAGACAUUUUCAAAUCCGUUCAACAUCAUCACUACUGGGCCGCGAUCUACUCUACACCUGACGCCUCCUCAAGGCUUCGCGCUGCGCUCCAAGGCGGCACAGCUGCACAGGAAUACAAUGCCGAUGACGCCUUCGCCUACGUCUGGAACGAAGCCCGCUACCCCUCCUUCGCCGCCUCAGUAAUCCUUAACUCAAUCCACCAAGUCGUCGCAACCGCUCGACUGACCCUCAACAUCACCUCCCCACCUCCUCUCAACGACUCUUCUGCUCUCCGCGCCUACCUCAACCCCCUCGGCACCACCAGCAUCAAUAUCCUCCCCGCCUCGCAAGCCUCUAAGAACUUCAUCAACACAAUUCUCACGCCCCUCUCUAUCCUCCCCCAAUUCUUCUUCCUCAUGGGUCUCAACGCCGUCUCGGCUCAAGCCUACUUUCUCGCCCACCCCUCCUUCAAAACCGUCACCUUCAUCCGUCUCAUCAUCACCCUGCUCUACACCGCCUGCUGCGCUGUUAUGAUGGCCGGCUACAUCUGGAUCUUCAAGGAAGAUAUGCCCAUCUACGGCAAAGAAUUCGCGCUCACGUGGCUGCUGCUGUGGCUGGCUAUGCACAUCUACUGCCUCUUCUUCGACGCGGUGCUCGCGGUCGCCCCGGUGCCUGCGGUACCGGCGGUUGUGCUCACCUUUAUUAUUAUGAAUGUUACGAGUACGGUCAGUCCGUUUGAGGUGGUGCCGGGGUUUUAUCGGUGGGCGUGGGCGCUGCCGGCGCGGAAUGUGUAUUUGAUGCUGCUUGAUAUUUGGGCGGGGGGGCCGAAUCCGACUUUAGUGACUAGUUUGCCGGUGUUAGGGACGUGGUGGAUUGUUUGGGGUGGGUUGACUGUGUUGGCGUUGGGGAAGAGGUGGAGGGCGGAGGUACGGAAGAGCGAUGCUUAAGUACCGUGAAAUGGAAACGAGAUGAUUUCGUAAAAGAAGGUUCACAGUAUCAAUGUUUGUAAGUAUGUUCUGUGGUACUCUUUAUUGUGUGUAUUGAUUUAGAUGAUGGAUGGUUGGGGGGCUUGUUGCUUGUUUCGUUCCACUAAGCGUUUAUCUGGGAUAGAUGGCUUAGGGACGGAUAUAUGUUCGUUAUAUCACGUCCACGCAGGCGGCGAUCAGUUUAUAAUGUGGCAUGACUACUUUACGGUCAUUUCAGAUGUCUCCUUCAGCCUGACUUGUUAAUUAGAGCACGGGUGGUGUAUCUAGGGGUAAAAAGGGUCACGAGAGGAAUGUUAGCUAAAUCCUAUAGAUUGAAACUGGGAAGCCUAAUCGAAG